AUCAGAGGUGACUCGGGCGGCUGCUCACUUCCACCAUUCGCCUUUUCACUCUUCCUCUGUCCCAGUUUUGUUUUUAUUUGGGUUUCUCCUCACCUGGCCGGACCUGUCACUCGUGCUUUUCACUUCUGCUAAGUGGCUGCGACAUUUGUGAUUUCUUUUUCCACCUGGACUUCAGGAGCCCCCGCGGAGACUGGCGCACGUCAGAAGACACUGACGCCUUAAAGGACGACAUGACAAUUAUUCGGGACCUUUUCGCCCUUUUGGGGACCGCCAUAAUAAUGGUGUGCCAAUGUGGAGCAGAUCGUCCCCUCCCCGAGGUGACAGGCGUGUCGUACGAAUGGAUCGAUCCGUUUGUUCUGAAGUUGCACUGGUCCUGGAUGAGGCCUGAAGCUCUGCCCAAGAGCUGCCAGGUCCAGUUCAGCGUAAAGGGCGAGAAUAAAGAUAGAGCAACAACAGAGCGCCUGAACACACGAGAGGAACAUGUCGACAUGUGUUAUCUCACAAAAUCCCCGGCGACCACGCGUAUUUACAUUCACGUCUGUCCUGAAAACUGCAGUGGCUGGACGAUAAGCCAAACUGUUAACAAAACCAUUGAAGAACCGAACAACGCUGAGCUGGUGAAGGACUUCAAAUGUGUCAUGAAAUCGUAUAACAUGACCUGGAACUGCACCUGGACCCCAGCUCAUCCAUCCCUCAAGCUAGACGUCUCUUAUCGGAAGUCUGGAAAAGCUGAGAAAGACCUAAAUCGUCUAACAACCUGUCGUGAGUUUAUCACCACUGGAGAGCAGCGGGGGUGCCACGUGCAUACUGACCCUCAGGAUAUCUGGGUGCUCGCGAAGACCGACUCGCAGAGACACAUCUUUAAGCCCAGGCUCGUGGUGCCUCUGCCAAACGUGACCCUCAAAGAAGAUGGACCUUUGCUCAGGGUGACAUGGCACCCUCCUAAGGUUGGCAGGAGCUGUAAAUGGAUCUUAAAUGUCUGGUACAAAGCAUGCCACAACACAGAGACCUUAAAGGAACGUGACAACUUUACGAUUCCUUACGAUAGCUGCUGCGUCUACAAAUUACGCUACAAUGUCUCAACCGACAAGGAUUGUCUAGAAGUGUCCAGCGACAACAGUCCCAUUCUCACUUACGGUCAGCCCUGCUUCAGUGUAGCCAUAGCGCUCACCGUCAUCAUCCCCAUCAUUGUGUUCAUCUUCGUCCUGCUGUCCUGCUACUGCUUCAGGAGGUACAAAGACAUUAUCUGCCCCAUUGUUCCGGAGCCGUUGGAUCUUUUUAAGGGCUUGGUGACUGGAAACAGGGAUAUGAUGGUCCCAGUCGUCCCUCUGUAUCAACCGGUGGAAUCCAUCCAGUCCUGCAAGAUCACCCUCAUACCCGAAAACAAACCCUGUCAGGAAAAUGAAUGACGCGCACGCAGAAGAGCCUGCAGAGGAGUCUGCAGUGCAGCUGGACUUGGCAUCCCAGUAAAUUCAUGAACAUUAUGAGAUGCUGGCAGAAAGGAGGAUUUUCUUGUUUCAACUUACCGCCUGAUGAAGUGCAAGAUGGACUGGAAAUGCACAAAAUCUUUGGAGUUGCCUGCAAAAAAGCCUCCCACCUAUGAAUGUCAGGAGAAGACCUCUGUUUAUGUUCUCCAAUGGAGCACUGAGGUAGUUUGAUUGUUCCGGAGAGAUCCUGUAGCUACUGGACUGGAUGAGGGACUCGGACAGCAGGAACCCCGCACUUACAUGCUUGCAGAUAGAAGCAAGCGACAACCCGAGCGCUGGAAACGUUACAAUGCUGCUUAUCUAUUUCCUUUGCCAGGUUACCUUCUUUAUCAUUGGCAUUUCAUGCAAACUGUCGUACUGUAGAGUGCUGGAAUGGAAUUGAUUGUAAAUGUGUUGAACUUUGCUGUAUUUGCUUGGACUUGAAUUUAAUUUAACUACUUUUCUUUUCUUUUUUUUUAAAGUUCCCUUAAAUGGGGUUCAUUCUGAAUUGGCGCCACACAAAUAAGCUAGCUGAAACUGAAGGUUUUUAUUGGUUGUGUGACUGUGCAGGGGCUGAUAUGUGCAUUUCUGCUGAAUCCCAACUGCUUCAGCCCACCUGUGUAGUGUGUGUUUGAGGUGGAUGUCACAAACUGAUAACAGGGGUGUGAGGCUCUGUCACUCAU